AACGCCCCCGCAUGCUGUGUAUGGAGACCCGUUUUCUGUUGGUCUGCUUGUUGGCCUCAGCCUUUGCAGUGUCUGUCAAAGGCAAACCUCAUGAAAAACACCAAGCUUCAGUCAAGUCCUCACACACAACGACUGAAAAGGAUGCUGUCUCUGAGGGGGCCGACAAGGGCCAGGUCCUUCCCACCAACGUAAAGGCCAGCAGUCUAGAGCAGGAGGACGAGGAGCUGAGCUCCCAGGACAAUGCUAACGCUGACAAGGAGGAAGAGGAGAGGGAGGAAGGGGACGAGGAAGGCAAGAGAAGCACCCCAGUCCUUCUGAGCCAAGAGGAGCUGGUGGAUCUCCUGCAGAAGGAGUCCAUGGAGGAGGUGGCGGCAGAGGAGGUGGGGGGGGAAGAGGAAGGAAAGGUAGAGAUAGAAUCUGCCGGGACUGUGGAGGAGGUGGAAGAGGUGGAGGUGGAGGGAGAGUUGGAGGCAGAGGUGGAGGGAGAGGUGGAGGGAGAGGUGGAGAAGGAAGGGGAGGAUGAAGAAGUGGUCAGUGUGAAAGAGGUAGAGGCAGAGGUAAAGGGGGAGGAAGAGACUGACAAGAAUGCGCAGGAGGAGGAAAGUGAGGAGGAGGAGGAUAGUGAAGAGGAGGAAGAGGCUGCUGAUAAGCAAAAGGAGGAAGAAGAGGAGGAGUCCUUGGCUGUGGAUGGAGAGGGAGAGCAAGGGGCUGAUGUGAAGGAAAUAGGAAGCAGCACAGAGUCUGAGAUCAACGACAUGGAGUACACAAUGCCCCUGAAGACUCAGACCCCUGAAGGGAAACCCCUCGCUGAUGACACUCAGCUCCUCUUGGAAGAGAAAAAAUUGGAUGAGGUGAAGGCGUCGGGGAAAAAGGAGGAAGAGACCGCCACUGAGGAAGAAAUCCCCACUUCAAUCGACGACUACGAGUCCCAACAAGAUGUUCAAAACACAGAAGCUUUGGAGGAUGAGGAAGUGAGUGACGAGGGAAAACUCCCAGAGGAAAACAAAAACCCGGGCAAAGAUUCCCAGGCGGUACCCCAGGAGAACAGCUCCACUCGGGAAGAGGACAACCUGGAAGUUGACCAGGAUUCUAAGACUAGCAUGGAGCUGGAUGGGAGUAGGGAGGAGGACAAGGAAAAGGAGAGCAUCAGACACACCAAAAGAAAGAUAAGGAAGAUAAAGAAGAAUCUGAGGGUGAGGAAGCACCCUGCUCAGAGGGAUGAGGCCAGCAUGGACACUCAGAGGGAUGAGGCCAGCCAGGACUCCCAGAAGUCCGAAGGACAGGUGGAGCACAGCUUGCCCGCCGACAAUGCUGUCUACAAGCCACAGAGGAAGAGAGCUGGGAAAUGGGCUCCUUCAGUGGGCAUGAACCCAGUCCAAGUCAGGGCCAGGGUGGAUCUGUACCCCACCAGGCCCUCUCUAUGGGCCAGCAUUCACAGAGGAGAAGCAUCCUCUGACCCCUGUGAUACCUUCCACUGCAAGCGUGGGAAGACUUGCAAACUCGGCGAGGACAACAAGCCCACUUGUGUGUGUCAGCAGCCCUCCGCCUGUCCUCACAGCAAGUCAGAUGUUGACCAUGUUUGUGGAUCUGAUAACACCACUUAUGAUACCUCAUGCGACCUGUUUGCUACGAAGUGCAACCUGGAGGGAACCAGGAGGGGUCAUAGGCUCCACUUGGACUACACCGGGCCCUGCAAACUCAUAGCCCCAUGUUUGAGCUCAGAGUUGGUCCAGUUUCCUCUGCGUAUGAGGGACUGGCUGAAGAACGUAUUGUUGCAACUCUACGAACACGACAGCAAGACUCCUGGGUUCCUCACUUCUAAACAGCGCUACAGAGUGAGGAAAAUCUUUGAGAGCGAGAGACGUCUCCACGCCGGAGACCAUCCCAUAGAGCUGCUUGCUCAAGACUUUGAGAAGAACUACAACAUGUACAUAUACCCUGUCCACUGGCAGUUUGCCCAAAUGGACCAGCACCCAGCAGACAGGCUCCUGUCCCACACGGAGCUAGCCCCUCUCAGGGUCCCCCUCGUUCCCAUGGAGCACUGCACCUCCCUGUUCUUCCAGGAGUGUGACGUCGACAAGGACAAACAGGUGUCCUUCAGGGAGUGGGCUCACUGCUUUGGCAUCAAGAACGAGGAUAUGGAUGUCAACCUGCUUUUCUGAGCUUCUUCUCUGUACCUAAUCAACCGGCUUUAUAGCGGCCGCUACAGCUAUGACAGAGCAAGCAGAGACAACACACCAUUACCUGAACAGGAGAGGUUGGCUGAGUCAGUCAUGAUGUGCCCUGAACAAGUAUAGAUAACUAGAACAAAACAGAAAUGAUCAUCUCUAUGUCUUGGCCAUACUUCCUGGUAAAUGGAAGAUGAUAUUUUGUGUUACUUUGACUUUGCCUUAAGACAGACAAAGGCAGACCUCUUGGGUCUUUACAUGUGUUUAUAUUCUGUGAUAUGUAGAUGCAUCAGCAGAAUUUAUGUGUGUUAGCUGAUAAGAAGGAAAUUAUAUUUUAACCUUGAAUAAUAAUAGUGUUUUGAUCGCAUUCCAAAAGGGAAAAAGUUUACAAUCUCUCCUUCAUAGCUGACUGAGAAAACCAUAUGAUAUACUGUUUCAUCAAUGUCUUACCAGUUUUACUCUUGUGCUGAAUCUUAAGAAUACAUAUAUAUAUUUUGGAAUAUAUUAAAAUACUGUUGGUCAUAAGCCACAUAGAAGCAUGACAUUUCUCUAAGAAACAAAACAAAAAUCAGCUUGUAGAAGUUAUUUAUUUCCAUGAAAAGA